UAAUCAUCAUCCUUUGGCAGUUGCCUCAAGCAGAGCAUCCACCUGAGCAUUUACUUGCAUCGGUCUGGCAGUCCAUUAUACUUCUUUACAUCUGUAUUUUUUCUCCGUCCUCGAUAACCCAAGAUACACAGGCUAGUUGUAUAACUCUUCUUUUCUCUCUUUUUCUCUGGUGAAAAUGCUUUACGACCCGACCACUGUAACUCACCUGAAGCCUUGGUUGGUCCGAACUCUGGAGCCAAUAUGUGACGCGGAGCCUGGGGCACUUGCUGAAUACGUUCUCGCUUUGCUGAAGCACAAUGUCCCAGAAAAUGAGAUGAGAAAGGAGCUCAGCUCCCAGCUGGAAGAGUUUUUAGAGAAAGAGGGACCCUCAUUUAUAGAUACAUUAUUCACUGUUCUCAGAACUAAGACGUAUCUCCCGUACACGGCCAGCGACCCAACAAGUUCUUUCCCGUUGACCUCACAUUCACAAUCUGCAGAUACUGGGAUUCCUAUACCUCUGGAUGGUCUCCUAUCUAAUCACUCGCCAACGGAAAGAGGGCAGAAACGAUCGCUGGAACACGAUGAACGUGACGGGCGCCCACCCACGAAAGGUGCUCGGUUAAGUGCAGAAGGCCAAUUUUCACGGUAUCCCAAUGGUCGUGAUUCUCGUUCCACCGGUGCAUGGAGUGGUAGCCAAAAUAGGCCUGGUGGCCAAGGGAUGAUAAUGAAUAGUCCAGUGGGUAGCGGCAUGAAUGGGAGCAAUCAAAGUGUGGGCACCCGACGACCACAAAAUUAUCAGCCGCCAGACCAAAGAAAAGGAAUAUGUCGUGAUUAUCAUAAUAAUGGAUAUUGUGCUCGUGGUGCAUUAUGCAAGUAUAGUCAUGGCGAAGAUGCUUUCGUCCCGUCGCAAAUGUUUUCUAUGAAUGGUGCUGUACCAUUUUUACCAAUGUUUGGCGGAAUGCCUUUCGGUAUGGCUCAAGGUGCCCCCUAUGAUCCUCACGAGGCACGCAUGGAUAUGCGUCCGAAUGGGGCCGGCAUCGGCUUGGGUCGUGGAACGCAACGUGCUCCUCUACUCUCCAGGGCUCAGCAAGAGGACGGUGGUCAAGUCUCUCACAUAGUGGACAGGUCUGGCGAACUUCCCGUCAUACAGGACCUAACUCCUCAGCCGCCUCAAGAAUCUGCACCGCCGGUAUUACCAGCAGGGGAUUCCAUCCCACAGAGUUCCACACCCAUGCAGCAUCAACCAGUUCAACACAUGGACGUGGAGAUGGGUGUUCCGAGUGUACCAGGGCCAUCGACGUACAACACACGUGGUGGGUUCGGAGCCGGGAGGGGUGCACCUCGUGGACGAGGCAUAUUUGGUGGUGACGCGCAGACCUUCCGUCCAGAACGACGGCAAGAUAAAACACUUGUGGUGGAAAAGAUUCCAGAGGACAAGCUCAGCCUUGACGCUGUCAAUGGUUGGUUCAAGCGCUUUGGGACAGUCACCAACGUUGCGAUCGAUGCUCGCAGUGCCAAGGCUCUCGUGAGUUUCGCUGAACACACCGAGGCUCAUGCUGCAUGGAAGUCGGAAGAUGCCGUGUUUGGGAAUCGGUUUGUGAAGGUCUUUUGGCAUCGGCCAAUGGAAGGACAUGGGCAAACAGGAUCGCGAAUGUUAGCGGCCUCUGCACCACUACUGGCCAACCUGGCUGCGCGUGAGACCCCCAUGCCUUCUGCACCAACCCAGCCUCCUGUACCGCCCGUCACGACUCCCGCCCGUAAACCACCCCUUCAUUCUCCCGCCGUAUCAGAGCUCGCGGCGAAGCAGAAGCUGCUGGAGCAACAGAUAGCGGAGCAGAAGUCUUUAAUGGCCUCAUUAGAGACCUCUUCUCCCGAGGAGAAGAAAGGGAUUCUAGCAAGAUUACGGAAAUUGGGAGAGGAGAUGACGAUUUCAUCAGUACCGUCACCAUCGUCGGCUAUCCCCGCCAAGGUCCACUCCCCUGCCUUGACUACUCAGAAUGAUCACGAGAAAAAGGAGAGAGAGCGGUUGGAUAAGGAGCUUGAGUUGCAUGCUGUUGGGGAGUCUACAGAGGAACUUAAAGCUAAACUCGCAAAAUUAAGGGAGGAGGCAGCAAGUCUUGGAAUACCGGAGACCACUCCUGAAGUCUCGUAUGGUGCACCGUAUCGUGGAUACAGAGGUCGCGGCCGCGGGGCACGUGGAGCCUUCUACCGCGGAGCACCGCGAGGUGGUCCUCCUAGGGCGAGUAUGAAGCUCGACAACCGCCCAAGGAAGUUAUUGGUGAAGGGCGUUCGUGAAGAUAGCCUGCAAGCAUUGCGGGACUGGUAUGAAACCACCGGCCAGCUCGAUUCAACGGAGAGCAUCGGCGAUGAUGAAGUUCUCGUCAAUUUCAAGACGAGAGCGGCUGCUGAGCAGGGUUUUGCCAAAGGAUCAACCAUCGCUGCAGUAGGUCCAGUGAAGAUUUCAUGGUACAGUGCCCAGCCAUCGCAAGCAAAACCGCAAGGCAUCGCCGCGCCCAUAUCGCAACCUGCUACCACAAAAGACAUUCAUCCAAACGAUACGCGGAAUACUUCACCGCCUCCGGGACGCCGUCCCUCCCCCCGUCCACAAGACGAAGAAGUCAUUGCCAGUGGGUGGGGCGAUGGUGAUGAAGAUGGUAUGGGGAUGUUUUGAUCGUACAGAUUUUGCGAUCCUUGGAAUUGUCUUGGUAUUGUACUCGAUGCCGGUAUAUCUUAGUCCUGCUGGCGGCUCGAAAAAUUUUCCUGCAGAUUCAACGUCUCAAUCCCUAAGUUACACCCCGCUCGUCACUCGAUUUUGUCUGUCAAUCAGUCAAUCAUUAAUUCGUGGUCUACGUCUAUCGUAUAGCGUAGAAGUCCGUUUGUGAAGUCCAUUUAAACUUGUGAUUCGUAACAUUUAUC